AUGAAACGGCCGUCUACAGACUGUCACUCUGCUCACGAUGAAGCCAGGCCGGCAAAGACGCGCCAGCGAACAUCAAAUGUUGCGAUGACGCAGCCAUCCACAAUCACCGUGAAUGAGAAUGGGAUGCACACGGGAAUUGAACCAGAGACAAGGCAUCACGACAGUGGCCCAGAUCUAGAUCAACUCCAGUAUACCAAACCGAAAGCCACGGCAUAUCUCAACUCGCGCGCGGAGGAGCUCUCUCAACGAGAAAUCGCUGAACCCAGUCCACUAGAGAUGUUCAAGAAUCCCUACAACUACGGCGGCAGCUUUGCCAUCGCCCAGCUCAUCUUUCGGAAGACAAAAUCGCCUGCGAGGAAAUUUGAUGAUCUGAUUGAAGCCAUCAACGAUGCGAUGGACAAGGCUCUGGUCCAAAAGAGAGAGACCAUCAUAAGAGACGAGCUGAAUCAAGAUAAGUAUGCCGAUAGGAUCAUUAGAGCCUUAGGGUAUAAUUAUGACAGGUCUCUCGUAUCCCACGACAUGAAGUGGCUGAACGUUCUGUGCCCCGUCUUCCGGAUGACAGCAAGCACAGAGGUAUCAGAAGCACACAAAGAGCAAUGGCGAAAGUAUAUCGGAUCAGCGCUCAAAGAGAAUCAAAUUGAUUGGGUUCUGGGCGUUUCCAAAAGUUAUCUCACGGCCAUGAUCACUCACAGGAUUGUAUCCAACGAAGAGAGCCAAGAGCGAAUAAUUGCCAUGUCUAGCCUCGCUCAUACUCACAAAAUCACGAGCCCCGAGGACAGAGGAUAUCACAUCGACUUUGGAUGCAACUUCCCUCUUGAGAACGGCCUCCCUGCUGGCCUCGUUGAAGGUUUCAAACGGUUGCAGGAGAACUCAAACGCAAACUCAAACGUUUGGGGGCCACCUAAACCUGGGCUCAUAAAUCACUACAACAAAGCACUCAGUCUGUUGGAGGAAUUCCAAUCUGAGCCUGAAGUCGAGCUUCUCCUCAUGUUAGCUCUUACCGUCGGCAUGACGUUGGACAUGACUAUUUAUACCGUGCCUAAAAGAGAUGCUAAAGAUGAAGUCGCCAGGUUCGCAAUAGCUAGCAGCUCUGUGAAGCACAAGCGAGGAGGAACACGCGUAGCCCUCCUGGCAUUGCGAAUGCUUUGGUACUUGAUGCCCAAAGAAUUCGUUUGGACAAAGGCAAAGGGAGAGGAGCUGAAAAUAGAAGAAGAGACCAUGUACAGUACUCAGCGUGUGCGUGAAGCAACUAGUAAGUGUGUCGUCCCUCUUUUAGGGCUCCAAAAGUGA